GAGCCCCUGGUCAUCAUGCUGAUCCUCGUGGCCAACGCCAUUGUGGGCGUGUGGCAGGAACGCAACGCCGAGAGUGCCAUCGAGGCCCUGAAGGAGUAUGAGCCUGAGAUGGGCAAGGUGAUCCACUCGGACCGCAAGGGCGUGCAGAGGAUCCGUGCCCGGGACAUCGUCCCAGGGGACAUUGUAGAAGUGGCAGUGGGGGACAAAGUGCCUGCUGACCUCCGCCUCAUCGAGAUCAAGUCCACCACGCUGCGAGUGGACCAGUCCAUCCUGACGGGUGAAUCUGUGUCCGUGACCAAGCACACAGAGGCCAUCCCAGACCCCAGAGCUGUGAACCAGGACAAGAAGAACAUGCUGUUUUCUGGCACCAAUAUCGCAUCGGGCAAAGCGGUGGGUGUGGCCGUGGCCACCGGCCUGCACACGGAGCUGGGCAAGAUCCGGAGCCAGAUGGCGGCAGUCGAGCCCGAGCGGACGCCGCUGCAGCGCAAGCUGGAUGAGUUUGGACGGCAGCUGUCCCACGCCAUCUCUGUGAUCUGCGUGGCCGUGUGGGUCAUCAACAUCGGCCACUUCGCCGACCCGGCCCAUGGUGGCUCCUGGCUGCGCGGCGCUGUCUACUACUUCAAGAUCGCCGUGGCCCUGGUGGUGGCGGCCAUCCCCGAGGGCCUCCCGGCUGUCAUCACUACAUGCCUGGCACUGGGCACGCGGCGCAUGGCACGCAAGAACGCCCUCGUGCGAAGCCUGCCGUCCGUGGAGACCCUGGGCUGCACCUCAGUCAUCUGCUCCGACAAGACGGGCACACUCACCACCAAUCAGAUGUCUGUCUGCCGGAUGUUCGUGGUAGCCGAGGCCGAUGCGGGCUCCUGCCUUUUGCACGAGUUCACCAUCUCGGGUACCACGUAUACCCCCGAGGGCGAAGUGCGGCGUGGGGGGGAUCAGCCUGUCCGCUGCGGCCAGUUCGACGGGCUGGUGGAGCUGGCGACCAUCUGCGCCCUGUGCAACGACUCGGCGCUGGACUACAACGAGGCCAAGGGUGUGUACGAGAAGGUGGGAGAGGCCACGGAGACAGCUCUGACUUGCCUGGUGGAGAAGAUGAACGUGUUCGACACCAACCUGCAGGCUCUGUCCCGGGUGGAGCGAGCUGGCGCCUGUAACGCGGUCAUCAAGCAGCUGAUGCGGAAGGAGUUCACCCUGGAGUUCUCCCGAGACCGGAAGUCCAUGUCCGUGUACUGCACGCCCACCCGCCCUCACCCUACUGGCCAGGGCAGCAAGAUGUUUGUGAAGGGGGCUCAUGAGAGUGUGAUCGAGCGCUGCAGCUCAGUCCGCGUGGGGAGCCGCACAGCACCGACCCCCACCUCCAGGGAGCAGAUCCUGGCAAAGAUCCGGGAUUGGGGCUCAGGCUCAGACACGCUGCGCUGCCUGGCACUGGCCACCCGGGACGCGCCCCCAAGGAAGGAGGACAUGGAGCUGGACGACUGCAGCAAGUUUGUGCAGUACAACACGGACCUGACCUUCGUGGGCUGCGUAGGCAUGCUGGACCCACCGCAACCUGAGGUGGCUGCCUGCAUCACACGCUGCUACCAGGCGGGCAUCCACGUGGUCAUGAUCACGGGGGAUAACAAAGGCACUGCCGUGGCCAUCUGCCACAGGCUUGGCAUCUUUGGGGACACGGAAGAUGUGGUGGGCAAGGCCUACACGGGCCGUGAGUUUGAUGACCUCAGCCCCGAGCAGCAGCGCCAGGCCUGCCGCACCGCCCGCUGCUUUGCCCGUGUGGAGCCCGCACACAAGUCCCGCAUCGUGGAGAACCUGCAGUCCUUUAACAAGAUCACUGCCAUGACUGGCGAUGGAGUGAACGACGCACCAGCCCUGAAGAAAGCAGAGAUCGGCAUCGCCAUGGGCUCAGGCACGGCCGUGGCCAAGUCGGCGGCAGAGAUGGUGCUGUCCGAUGACAACUUUGCCUCCAUCGUGGCUACGGUGGAGGAGGGUCGGGCCAUCUACAGCAACAUGAAGCAAUUCAUCCGCUACUUCAUCUCCUCCAAUGUUGGCGAGGUCGUCUGCAUCUUCCUCACGGCAAUUCUGGGCCUGCCCGGAGCCCUGAUCCCUGUGCAGCUGCUCUGGGUGAACCUGGUGACAGACGGCCUACCUGCCACGGCUCUGGGCUUCAACCCGCCAGACCUGGACAUCAUGGAGAAGCUGCCCCGGAGCCCCCGAGAAGCCCUCAUCAGUGGCUGGCUCUUCUUCCGAUACCUGGCUAUCGGAGGUGAGUGGGGCCUGGCCACAGUGGCUGCCGCCACCUGGUGGUUCGUGUAUGACGCCGAGGGACCUCACAUCAACUUCUACCAGCUGAGGAACUUCCUGAAGUGCUCCGAAGACAACCCGCUCUUUGCCGGCAUCGACUGUGAGGUGUUCAAGUCACGCUUCCCCACCACCAUGGCCUUGUCCGUGCUCGUGACCAUUGAAAUGUGCAAUGCCCUCAACAGGUGGGCUGGGCGCAGGGCCUGGAGCUGGGGCCAAGGAGUGGGGGCUGAGGGCUGGGGGUUCCAGUAUCAGUGUCUGAGGGUCAGGGGUCCAGGUGGGCUGGGCGCAGGGCCUGGAGCUGGGGCCAAGGAGUGGGGGCUGAGGGCUGGGGGUUCCAGUAUCAGUGUCUGA